ACGGCAUGGAGAAACCCUCAAAGGAUCGUCUCACUUUAUCUCCAGGUUGUAAAAUGGAAGAUGAGGACAUCACAGGAGAUUGUGGAGGAGAAAAGACAAUGAGCUCCACUAUGGAUGGAGGACUUCACAGUGUGGAUAGACCAUGGAAUCCGUCCGACUCUGAGCAACCUCGUACUGUGAGGGGUGGGGCCGGGAUUCAGGGGGAGGAGCCAUUCUCCUGUCCUCAAUGUGGGAACAUUUUUAGCUCAGAAUUAGGUCUUUCUGUACAUAAGAGAUCUCACAAAGGGGAGAAGCUUCAUUCCUGUUUUGAGUGUGGGAAACGUUUUCUUUAUAAAUCAGAACUCAUCAUGCAUUACAGAUCCCACACAGGGAAGAAGCUGAAUUCCUGUCCCGAGUGCGGGAAACGUUUUCUUUGUAAAUCCAAACUGGCCAUACAUUAUAGAUCCCACACAGGGGAAAGGCCCUAUUCCUGUUCUGAGUGCGGGAGAUGUUUUUCGGAGAAGUCUGGUCUUUCCAGACAUCGGCGAUUGCACACAGGCGAGAAGCCGUAUUCCUGCCCGGAGUGCGGGAAACGUUAUUCUCAAAAAUCAGACCUUCUUAUACAUCAAAGAACCCACACGGGGGAGAAGCCGUAUUUCUGUUCCGAGUGCGGAAAAUGUUUUUCGCAGAAAUCAGAACUGGUUAUACAUCAAAGAUCUCACACAGGGGAAAGCCCAUAUACCUGCUCUGAGUGCGGGAAAGUUUUUUCAGAACGGGGCAGCCUUUCCCGACAUCAGAGACUGCACACGGGUGAAAAUUUGUAUUCCUGUCCCGAGUGUGGGAAAUGUUUUCUAGGUAAAUCUGACCUUGUUACGCAUCGGAGAUCUCACUCGGGGGAGAAGCCGUAUUCCUGCUCUGAGUGCGGGAAAGGUUUUUCACAGAAGUCCCAUGUUCUCACGCAUAAGAGGUCCCACACGGGGGAGAAGCCCUAUUCCUGUGAUCUGUGCGGGAAAUGUUUCUCGCAAAAGUCGAAUCUUACCGCGCAUCAGAUAUGCCACACGCAGGAAAAAUUGUUUUGCUGCCCCGAGUGCGGGAAAUGUUAUCCACGGAAAUCGUCACUUCUCACGCAUCAGCUCGCUCACUCGGGGGAGAAGCCGUUCUCCUGCGAGUGCGGAAGAAGGUACACGCGAAAAUCAGACCUUGCAAAGCAUCAAAGAUCUCACAGGGUAGAGAUGCCGUAUUCCCGCCCUUAGUGCGGGAAAUUUUUUCUAUUUAUUGUCGUUUUUCCUAUUGGUCAAACUCAGCGGACUUGUGUCUUUUUCAACCUCACUAGCUAAAUGCUCACAUAUCAUCAGUGAUUCUGAGCCAACCUAAGAGCCUCACAAGGGGACUCCUCUCCAUUCAUAUUCCUAAUUCUCAAGGCUUUGUUGGAUGGCAUUAAUGCAGCAGGGGGCGCUAUGCCCCACUCGUGUUAUUUUAGGCUUCUGCCAUGUAUUGCAUGUUACUAAUGUUCUAACAAUGUGCUGACAUCUAGUGUUAGAUUAGUGCCAUAGCAACUUGUUUAUUGGUGCGUUCCUUCAGGCUUCCCCUCCUGUUUAGUGCUAUAUGGUACCUUCUUGGUUGGUCCCUCCCUGUCUUGUUCUACGUUCCCUCAGUAGGUUUCUACUUUUUAAAGCAGACGCUAGGCUGGGUAGAAUUUUUGAGGAAGGAAGGGAAGUCCAAUGAGUCACACAUCAUAAAAAAAAACCUCAUGUAAAAGGUGGAAGCCUAGAUCACACCCCUGACAUGUUACGCCCCCCCGUCAACAGGGCUUAGUCAUGGGAGGCACAGCAGCAGGAGGAAGAUUGGGACUUCCUGGUAUCUCAGGGCCCUCUUUAACCACUUGACAACCGUGCUAUACCUGAAUGAGGGCUACAUCGCAGCCGGCUAGUUCUGGGACGCCGUGGUAUGAUCGCACCCGCUGCAGGGCGUGGACGGUCCUCCAGACACAGAUUGGGGUAAAGAGCCAAUCUUUACCAAGUGAUCAGCUGUGUCCAAUCACAGCUGAUCUUGGAUGUA